CGAUAUGAUCGCAGAAGUGCUCGCACUUGACCUACAUGGAAGUAGCGAAUCUCGUCAUCCACUCGCGCUGUGCUUUCACAGCUCGCUCAUUUGCAGAAUGUAUGCUGCUCAUCAUCACGGCGUUCAUGCCUCGAGGCGAUGGACACGCUACAAUCCGCGAGGUACCCUGAGCUCUGCGCAAGCAAUCCCGCCUAGCUUCCCACUUGGUAGAAGCAUCCGUACCUUGCAAGUCAGCGACCUCAAGCAUGAUGCCGCACAGUACCAGUCGUCCGCUUCCAUCUCUGAGUGCACUCACGUUGGUUCGUUCAAUUGGCUUGAUGCCACAGAGCCGACAAUUGUGGUGCCAGGCAUGCCGGCGCAGUGGCAGCCACUCAAGAAACCUCGAAGAUUACAACCGGAUGGUGGGCAGUACUUUCGAGACCGCAAUGCUGCCAGAUUCCCCCAGCACCCCCUCGAACCAGCAGUGCUCGCAGCAUUGAAUUUAGACUCGCAGCUCAAUAUUGAUGAGGGCAUCGACGUGGUCUUAUGUGCAAGCACAUUUGGUAAUCUGGCACGUUUUGCUCGUGGCGGAGACAAGGCUUUCCGAAUGCUAGUGGAAGAGGUGGGAGGCACCGUCUUCUUCACGCGCCGCGAGAACUCUCCAAAGGAACUUAUUCCCGACGUCAUGGGCUACGGACACACCUUCCCGGAAGCAUACACAAAUUGGAACCGAGAGGUCAAAAGUUCCGCUUCCCAUCAGCGGCUGAUCAAAUACCGAUUCGGCGGGUUGACAAUUCUGCUUCGUUACGAGGCGGAUGGGUUUCUCCCAGACAAGGUGACGACGGGAGGAAUCGCAGCACCAGUCGUGCCGGGUGCUGACCCAUACUGCCUCGUGCAAGGGGUGAAUGAGGUUCAUGUCUCAUCUCUCGAGCCAGCAAAUAACCAGACUCUCAAGAUCAAAUAUGCUGGAAGCGUCGUCGGCGAGGAGGCGAUCUUCGACCUCAAAACACGAAGUGCGAGGAAAGCCGAUGAUGACAUCCUUGGCGGUGAGUUGCCACGGCUAUGGGUGACUCAAGUCCCCAAUUUCGUCGUCGCCUUCCACAAGAGUGGGCUGUUCGAUGACAUCCGCAUCCUUGAUGCCCGUGGCAGAAUCUCCACGUGGGAGAAGGAUAAUGCCGAGGGUCUCGCAGCCUUGGCGGUACUCAUGAGAGUCAUCAUGAAACAAGUCAAAGAUAGGUCAGACGGCAAGAUCGAGCUGUGUCACUCAACACCUGGCAAGCUCGAAAUUCGCGAGCAGCUGCCAGACGCGGGACACGCACUCUCUUCAGCAGUCGAAAGUGCCUGGACAGCUCGGGGGCUUGAGCGUAAGGUAAAGAAGCGAGAAGUAGCAGUCGCGGCUGUACAAUGGGAUGAGGAUGAGGAUGAGGGUGAUCUGACAGCCUGUUCAGAAGCUUGUGGCUAUUGUGGUCGCUGUACAUGAUGCCUCCCGUUGCAGUUGUGUUUACCCUCGUGGUGGAUCUGAGGGGUAUGUUACUGAAGUACCUAGCGUACCUUGGUAAUGCAUGUAGUCUCAUGAAGCGAUAACUGGAAACCGAAGAUAUUGGGCUUGCAUCUUGUGUGUGGCAACCGGGAAGCUGAUGGCAGGAAUGGCGCCCUAGGGAGGCACGAAGUCAAGCAGAAGCGCCUAGCGCUUAGUCCGCAUAAGUUGACUUGAGCUCGGAACUAGCCAGCGGUCUUGUCCAGAGGGACGUCUGUAACAAACCUGCAGAUCAAUGUUGCAAGCCCCAAAUCCGAUGAUUCGAUGCCAUAAUGGAAGCAGCAUGCUCGAAGGAGCCGCUUCGAGUCGUCUAAGACAUGACAAUGU